UCCAGAUUCGAUGCAAAUAAAUCCACCAAAGGCGCCUCGAAGCUGAGGCGCGACCUAAUCAACUCCGAGAUUGCGAAUCUGCGCGAUCUGCUGCCGCUGCCACAGUCCACCCGCCAGCGCCUCUCCCAGCUGCAACUGAUGGCGCUGGUGUGUGUGUACGUGCGCAAAGCCAACUACUUCCAGCAGGUGUUUAAGCGCAGCAUCGAUAUAGGAUUGCAUUCGGCACCGACACCAAAUAUAGGAUUUUCGAAGGCACUAUCUGGAUUCCUCAUGAUGCUUACGCAGAACGGGAAGCUGCUGUACAUUUCGGAUAAUGCCGCCGAAUAUCUUGGUCACUCGAUGGAGGACCUUCUGAUACACGGUGACUCCGUUUACGACAUUAUCGAUAAGCAGGAUCACGGUGCCAUCCAGAGCGAGCUGAGCCGGGGCGUUACGCAGCACUCCGGCGGAGCGCACGGACAUCAUUCGCACCACUCGCCCCUGCACCAUCAUCAGCAGCACCAUCAGCAUCACCAUCUGCAGCACAACAGCAAUCAUCACAAUCACCACCAUCACAGUCAACAGCAGCAGCACCACCACCUUCAGGUGCACCAUCAUGGUGGCCACGGGAGUGCCCUGUCCCCGUCCGGUGCGUCCGUGGCCGGAUCGAGCUCGUCCGCGGGCGGCUCGUCGGGCUCGUUGGCGGGUUCGUCGCUUAUGGACGGCGAGCAGCGAAUUUUUCUCUGCCGAAUGAACGUGAGCCGGAACGCCCGGAGACAGAUGCGGUUCGGUGAUCAGAAGGUGGUACUGGUCCAGGGCCAUUAUCUGUCCUAUCUGCCACUGUGUAGCCGCAACGAGCCCGUUUUCAUAGCGACCUGCACGCCGAUCGCGAUGCCGGAAACGCGGGAAUGCGUCGUCCAGGGUGCAACCAACGUGUUCACCACGAUCCACUCGAUGGACAUGAAGGUGGUGCACAUUGACAAAAAUGGCGAAUUUCAUCUUGGGUACAGUAGAAGCGAGCUGCAAGGCGUAUCCUGGUAUCAGCUGCUGCACUGGGAAUCAACGCGAGAGGCACAAAGUAAACAUAGGCUGAUAACACAAUCGGAGCAGGAUAGAUCGUGCAUUUUGCUAGUUCGAAUGCAGCGCCGCCAGAGCGACUUCCUUUGGGUGCACGUGGUGCUGCAGGUGCGCGACGGCCAAGACUCCAACCAGCAGUCGGUGAUCGUGUGCACUAAUCAGGUGUUGAGUGACCGCGAGGCGUCGGUGAUGCUGUCCAACUCGUGGCUCUACCACUACUACACCGUGCAGUCGAAGAUGCAGUUCGGCAUUCCGUUCGAGGGCGCAACCAGGAUCCCCCCGACGACGCCCUACUACACCACCCCGGCAGGCCACGGCCACACCCUUUCGCCCAACAGUGUGGCCGGGGGAGGCGGUGGUACCGGUGCGGGAGUCCUCGCGGGUACGUCGGGCGUAGGUGCGGGGAUGGCGGGCGGUGGUCAUGGCUACUCGACGCCACACCACUCGCACAUCACCUCCUACGGAUAUCACUCGCCCUCGGGUCAGCAUCAUAAUGGCGGUGGUGGUACGGGAACUCCGAUGCUACACGGCCACCACCAACAUCAGCACGUCAUUCAGCAGGGUGCAGGCUUAACACCAGCGGGGGAUGCAGGGGAUUACGGUGCAAGAUCGUACGGGUUCCGGCUGGACUCGAGCGGGCAGCCGGUUGACUACAGUGGCGGCCAUCCAACUCCUCCAGCAUCGGCUCCGCCAACGAUGGCGGGCAUAGCGAUGCCGGUGGUACAGGUCACCCCGCACAUCCGGUGUCACAAUGGCGGGGGCAGUGGGGGUCCUUCGUCGAGCAGUGGAGGAACUUCAGGGAGCAACAGUAGCAGCAAUACCAAUGGCAGUAGUAACAGUAGCAGCAAUAGCAAUAGUCAUCCCAUCUCCAAUGGAAGUAGCAGUGAGCGCCACAAUGGGACUCCACCAGCCAAGAAGCGGAACAUGAACCGGCUGGAACCGCUUUAUAUUCCCGAUAAUGGCCAUUCGGAGUCGUCUGACACGUCUGCGCUUGGGGAGCUUCAGCCGGGCACCGGAAAUGCGCCCGGACUUCAUCAGCAAGAUGGCGGCGUUUCGGGAGUUUCCAAUGGGUUGAGUAACCUCAAUGGAUCCCUCGAUGGAGGUGUAACAUCUGCCGGUGGGGGAGGAGGAGGGGGAGGGCUACAGACAAUGGUCAUUGGCUCGAUACCGACGGGCCGUACCGCGAUCGGUCGGUUACACUCGAAAUCGGCCCUCCUGCCAUCAACCGUUUCGAGCCUCGCGUCCGAACCUACCGAUUUCAUGGAGCAAUGGAACCCGAGUCCACCCUGGUCCGACACCACCGCCCAAAAGGUGCCCGACAUCUCGCACCAGGAGCUGUCCCCGUACAUGACGACAACCCCUCCCACUCCCACCAGCGCCCCCCAUCAGCUGCUGAACGGAGGCUUCCCGACGGCGACCACGUUCUCCUUCGACUGGAUGCCGGAACAGUUCGUGCCGAUUGUGUCGGAUUGCUCCGGAACGACUCUGCUGUCCUCGGGCGGUAUGGCCGUGUCGCACGUAACCUCCGGGGCACCGACAAUCGCCAGCAGCAACGGUGCAGCGGUGGGAACUGCUGGCUGUGUGCUUCCGGUGGCUUCCUGCCUCGCGCAGGACGGUUUGCCCAUCCCGGGCCUGCCCAUGCCAAUGCCGGUACCUCUGCAAAUUCCACCCCCACCAUGGCCAUCAGAUCACCGGCUACUCGCUCUGGACGGUGGCCCUUCCAGCACACCCUCGACCAGUGACAGUGGACGAGAACGAAAGCCAACAGACGACCCCGCUGGGCAACCGGAUCAGCGCCGAUCUCACUGA